GAUAUUAUGAAUCUUCAUGCUGCAAAGAAAGAAACGUCUCUGGACCACUGCGUCACUUCCGCUUUUUAAAAAUGGCGUACAAAAACACUCCGAGUAGGAUGCUACAGGUCUGCAGUUUCUGCAGGAAUUACUGAAUAUUUGCUUAUAAACGGACGGCUGAUUCUUCCGAGAGUGUGUGGUUGAAGACGCACAGAGUAUUUCAGAAUGAGCAGCAGGAGAAAACGCGCUCCCCCGGUCAGGGUGGACGACGAGGCCAAGAAGAAGCUAAACUGGAACAUGCUUGAGGAUCGCCAGAGGGAAGGUGAAGUCCUCCAGACGGACGACCCGAUGCCAAGCUGCUCAGCAACACCAGCACCCCCAGUGUGCGCUCUCCUUACCCCCUGCGGAUCCGCCCCAGAACGAGGGGAGGGAGAGGAGGAGCUCCAUGGGACGUCCUCGGAUGCAACGGUCGCUUUAUUGUCGGCCUCUCUGUCGCUCUCGGUGCUUCCUACUUCGACGCUGGCUCCCGCCUGGAAGUCGCUGAUAGGCGAGUUCAGCCUCAAACCUGCUAGGGUCCUUGAUCCUGACCGGCAGCACGGAGCGUUUACCCUGCGCAGGAGAGGACAGCGGGUGUUUCUCCGUUACUCGAGCCACGAGGAGAGCUCUGGGGAGCCGGGGAAAGCCCCAGAGGAGGAGCAGGAGGGGGAGAUUGUGUGUACCCAAGAGCACAGCCUUGGUGGUGUCCAGCUGGAGGACAUCGAGUGGCUGCAGAAGAGAGGGGUGGUACAGCUCUGUCACCAAACCAAAGGAGAGGCCAUCCAGGUGGGGAUAUACCUGCUGGAGGCGGGGAUAAGCAAGCCAGAGUUCCUGGGCGAGGGGAAUUCUAGGCUAAAGAAGGCUAACCAGCUAAUGCAAAAGCUAAUGGAGUAUUUCUAUGACUUCAUUAUACCAGAAGUGGUGGAGACGGAGGAGGUGGACUGCGACACCGACCUGGAGCGUCAGAACGUGGAGGAGCUCUACGACUACGUCAGGCACCUCCACCUGCGCCAGGAGCAGCAGCGGGGAGACCAGAAGCCCCUGUACGACGUCCAGCACACGGCCCUCAUCCCCGUGCUGAGACCCUAUCAGAGCCAGGCUGUCAACUGGAUGCUGAGGAGGGAGCGAUACAGGCUCAGCUCCCCCAAAGAACCAUCGCUACACUUUCUCUGGCGUGAGGUGGUCACUUUGUGCGGGAAGAAAUUGUACUACAACCCCUUCACUGGCUGUCUGAUGCGGGAGUUCCCGCUGGCGGGGCCUCAGUGGCCGGGGGGGAUCCUGGCAGACGAGAUGGGCCUGGGGAAGACCGUGGAGGUGCUGGCCCUGAUCCUGUGCAACAGCCGGCAGGGCCUGGAGCCCGACACCCUCACCCUACCCCUGGGGAAGUCUGUGAAUUACUUCGUACCUCCACCACAGCUGGAGAAGGAGGAAGUCAUCCACUGCAAAUCAGAAGCUCUUCCAAAAGUCAGGAUCUCCUACCCCACUGUGCGCGUUAUGCUGCUCACCGCCAUCAAGGAAAUGCGCUCUGGCAAGGGGGCGUCGACCAACGGCAUCUUCACCUACGUCCGCUCCACGUACGGCUACGACCUCCUGAAGAACCGCAACCACAUACGGCGAGCGCUGGUCAAGCUGAUCGACGAAGGCCUGGUGGACAGGGUCAAGGGUCGCGGCCUAGCCGGAUCCUUCCGGCUGGGGAAGAAGUACAAGGAGAAGAAGACCACGGUUGCCACGCCGACUAAGUCUCCUUCCAAAAACAAAGAAGCCCCGCCCAGGAGGACCUCCCAGCGGCGAGCGGAGGAGAAGGUGGACUACGUCUCGCCGGCGUCCCCGGGAGAAGACCCGGAACCCCAGUGGUCCGAGGACGCCACGCCGCGGCUGGAGCGCGCCGAACAAUCAGACGACGGCCCACUCGUGGACAGCUCCCAGGCAUUGCUAUCCUCUCAGAUGGAGGUGGAUGAAACACGGGUAACGUCGCCUCACCGCGACGGACGCAAAGUGGCGACCCGGGGAGAAACCGCCCAUCUGCAGGAGGAACGCACACGCCCCGUCCCACAGGUGGAGACGCCUGCGACCCGGGCUUCCCUCACGCCGUUCAACACGCCAGCAUACCGCUUCGAGUGCAUCUGCGGCGAGCUGGGGCUCGUGGACUACAAGGCCCGGGUGCAGUGUAUGAACUGCCAGCUGUGGCAGCACGCCCACUGCGUCAACUACAAGGAGGAGAGCCGGGAGACCACGCCCUUCUACUGCCCCCACUGCCUGGUCGCCAUGACGCCCGUCCCCACCGGCGCAACCCUCAUCAUCUCCCCCAGCUCAAUCUGCCACCAGUGGGUGGAGGAAAUCAAGCGCCACAUCAGCUCCUCCUCGCUGCGCGUGCUGGUGUACCAGGGCGUGAAGCGGCACGGCUUCAUCCAACCCCGCAUGCUGGCGGAGCAGGACGUGGUCAUCACCACCUACGACGUGCUGCGCUCGGAGCUCAACUACGUGGACAUCCCACACAGCAACAGCAAGGACGGUCGGCGCUUCCGCAACCAGAAGCGCUACAUGGCCGUGCCUAGCCCCCUGGUGGCCGUGGAGUGGUGGCGCAUCUGCCUGGACGAGGCCCAGACAGUGGAAUGUACCACCGCCAAAGCAGCAGAGAUGGCGUUGCGUCUUGCAUCGGUCAACCGCUGGUGUGUCAGUGGAACGCCAGUCCAGAGAGGCUUAGAGGAUCUCUACGGUCUCGUGCUUUUCCUCGGCGUCGACCCCUACUGGGUGAAACACUGGUGGGACCAUCUGUUGUACCGCCCCUAUCUCCGCGGCAACACGGAGCCCCUGUACAGCGUGAUCGCUCAGCUGUUAUGGCGAUCGGCUAAAAAGGACGUUAUUGACCAGAUCCAGAUCCCCCCUCAGACGGAGGAGGUGCACUGGCUGCGCUUCUCCCCCGUGGAGGGCCACUUCUACCACCGGCAGCACGACGUCUGCUCCCAGGACGCCCUGGCGCAGCUCCGCAAGAUCUCUGACUGGAGCCUGAAGCUGGGCAGCCUGGACCGCCGCACGGUCACCACCAUCCUCUACCCGCUGCUGAGGCUCCGGCAGGCCUGCUGCCACCCGCAGGCCGUCCGUGGGGAGUUCCUUCCCCUGCAGAAGAGCACCAUGACGAUGGAGGAGCUUCUAAAGUCCCUGCAGAAGAAGUGUCGAGUGGAGUGUGAGGAGGCUCACCGACAGUUGGUGUGUGCUUUCAACGGGCUGGCGGGCAUUCAUAUCAUCCGAGAUGAGUUUGUGGAGGCGGUGGAGAUGUACAGAGAAGUGUUGCGUUCGUCAGAGGAACACAAAGACCGGCUGAAAACAGACUCCUUGCAGCGGCUCCACGCCACCCACAAUCUGAUGGAACUGCUGAGUGCAAAGCAUGCUGGGAUACCUCCUACUCUCAGAGACGACCGCCUGAGUGAAGAGGCAGAGCAUCUCCGGCAGCACUACAUGACCAAAUACAACGCUGAGGUUUCGGAUGCGCAGCAGGCCCUCCGGCCCGUGCUGCACAAAGUCAGCGAGCUCAAACGCAAGGUGAACCUGCGCUCCCCGUGGUGGAUGGACGUCCUCCAGAAUGCGAUCCAGAACUCCAUAGACGAGGACCUGGUGUCUCGGGUCCACAACGAGCUCUCCAGCAGCUACAAGCAGCAGCCCAACAAGUUCACCAUGGCCGACAAGUUCCGGGAUGGGCGUGGCCUGCAGCUGAUUCUGUGCACGCAGACAGACGAGCUGAUGAGGUCACAGAAGACGGUGCAGGAGGCUGUGAAGAAGCUGGAAGGUCCCGCCUCCAAGGACGUCAUAGAAGAGGCCACCAUUUGUCACCUGAGGCCCGUACGCCUGCCACUCAACAAUUGUGUCUUCUGCAAAGCCGACGAGCUAUUCACAAACUAUGAAUCCAAGCUGUUCUCUCACACGGUCAAAGGUCAGAAGGCCUUCUUCGAGGAGAUGAUCGAGGAUGAGGAGGGUCUGGUGGACGACCGGCUCCCCACCACCAGCCGGGGCCUGUGGGCCGCCAGCGAGACGGAGCGCACCCUGAAGGCGGUGCUCACCUUCGCCAAGGCCCGGCGCAUGGACCCCCUGCUGGUGGAGGAGGGGAACACCUUCAUGGAGCUGUUUGAGAACUGGAAGAAGGAGUACAAGGUUCUGCAUGAGUACUGGAUGGUUCUGCGGAACAACGUGUCGGCCAUCGACGAGCUGGGCAUGGCCACGGAGCGGCUCCGCGUACGGCUCCCCGAAGAGCCCAAACCCAAGGUCCUCCACAUCAUAGAACCACACGAGGUGGAGACGAACCGAGCGAAGCUGGUGAACGACCGUGCACUGGCCCAGUCCCAGCUCCACAAGAAGCUGGGCCAGCUCCUCUACCUCAACAACCUGGAGAAGUCCCAGGACAAGGAGACCGGGGGUCUCAACCCUGAACCAUGUCCGAUCUGCGCACGGCCCCUGGGACAAGAGUGGGCGGUGCUGACGUGCGGCCACUGCUUCUGCAACGAGUGCAUCUCCAUCAUCGUGGAGCAGUACAGCGUGGGCUCGCGGCGCCGCGCCAUCAAGUGUGCCAUCUGCCGGCAGACCACGGCGCACGCCGAGAUCUCCUACGUGUUCACCUGCGAGGCCUCCAGCCGCAACCAGGACAUCCCCAUCAAGGGGAGCCAUUCUACCAAAGUAGAAGCGGUUGUGAGGACCCUCAAGAAGAUCCAACUGACCGACCCUGGGGCCAAAUGCCUUGUUUUCUCCAUGUGGCAGUGUGUCCUGGACAUCAUCUCCAAGGCCCUGUUCGACAACACCAUGGAGUUCUCCCAGAUCAACGGCAUCCACAAGUUCCAGGAGAACCUGAGCUCCUUCAAGCACGAGGAGAAGAUCAACAUCCUGCUGCUCCCGCUGCACACGGGCUCCAAUGGCCUCAACAUCAUCGAGGCCACGCACGUCCUAUUGGUGGAGCCUAUCCUAAACCCCGCCCACGAGCUGCAGGCCAUCGGCCGCGUCCACCGCAUCGGCCAGACCAAGCCCACGUUUGUUCACCGGUUCCUCAUCAAGUCCACCAUCGAAGAGAGAAUGCAGGCCAUGAUGAAGACGGCCGACAAAAGCCACAGCGCGGCGGCGGCCAUGAAGCACUCGGAGGCGUCCGUGCUGACCGUGGCCGACCUCGCCGACCUCUUCACAGAAGACGGGGCGCCACUGGGCUAGACUGCUGCCCCCCCCCCCCCCACACACACACACGGCCAUACCCCCGCAACACGCAGUAAGACCGACCCAUCCGAGAGACCUCCUCUGAGACACGACCCCACACUGCAGGGCCACGACGCUUUACACAUUCCUUUCAUAUAGAUGUACAUACGUGUACAUACGUGUACAUACGUGUACGAGUGUACAUGUGUGUGUGUUCCGGUGCUGGUCGAGUCCAGAUCCUAAUAAAAUACAUUCAAAGGAUCUGGGGUCUCAUUUAUAACCGUUGCGUACGCACAAAACGGGUAUCUAUAAAAAGCUUACUUGACGGGAGAAUGUGCGCAGCCCUAAGCAAACUCUGACUCAUGCGUACGCAUGGUUUGGAGGAAAAGGAGAUUUAGCGACACAGAUGGUGGUGGUGAACUGAAGUCAGACAGAAGAAUUGUAGAGUGAGAAGAACGAUUAUUUUUUAUCAUCGCCCAUCAUAAAUUCAAUUUCAACCCGUAUCAUGCGUUAAAUCUAUGUAAUCAGAAUAAUUUAAGUCAACUGUUUUAUUUCUGUUAUAACUCCAGAAACAUCUCCAGUGAAAAAAAAUCUCUAUAUUUAAUCCCGUCACUCCAUACUGUCCACUGACGGCGCGACUGCAUGGAAUAAAGCAUCUGUCCAACAUGUGUCAAAAACAUAAUAUUUUUAUGUGACACUGUAAACACAUAAUCAAAUGUCAAUUAAAUCCCAAGUUUGGAAAACCAAGCCACAUACUCCUCAUCACAAUCGUUAUAUUAUUGUCCGUUCCUCUUGAUGCUUUUCAUGACAAAUCAGGCAUUAAAAAGGAGUUAUGUUCAAAAACAUUUUACGUGGGUGAUACAAACUGAUUAUCCAAGGUGUUCUCGGUCAGUCUUAUUACCAUAACCCUAUAAAUACAGCGGUGAGCCCUGUGCGUAAUGCUGCACCAUAGCACUGCUGGCACUGCUGGAGGACCAUGCAAAUGGCAGGAUUCGGAGGGAGAGGGUCUUCAAGGACCAUAACGAUUUAUUGGUACAAAAAAAUAUGUACCUUCACGUCAGACCACUUCUUUUUUUAAUCCUGGGACUGUGCGCUCCGUGCCACUGACAGAGUUCACUGCUGCAGCAACACGUUGCCACUUACUCUGCUUUUUGUUGUUAGUGAUCCCAAUCCCGUGACCGCUGAACAAAACUGCUUUUCGGGCCUCCACCUCACCCACACAUGUCUCCACUUCAACCUCCGUCCUUCUGCCAUUGUUUCCGACAAGACAUAAUAUUUGCGUCUGAGUCUGUUUUAUAUGCAGAUCGCAUUCAUGAGGUUGUUUGCAUUGACCAUUUACGGUUAAAAAGGGGCGUGUACAGGGCGGAACGUGAAACUGAUUCAGCUGCGCACACUUGUAGGCACUCUGUGAUUUAUAAAGCAAAGAUUGCUUAGUGGUGUGCGUACGCAGGGUUUUAUAAGUCUGAAUAUUUUUUGGCGCACGCAAAACUUGGCUUUAGGGCGUACGUACACAUUUAGUAACGAUCCCACGCACAGUUUUAUAAAUGAGACCCCUGAGAUGGAUGAAUGUUCCUCCUGUCUGUUUAGAUCAGUCUUUUAUUUUCCAGGUCAAUCUGAACAAUUGUGAAAAGAUUUUGAUUUGCGUUAUUGUAGAAUAUAUUUUUGCAGAGUAAUAAAAAUCUGUCUGAGGCAGGUGUUUGUUUUUUGCAAUUGGUUCCAACCAGAUUAUUUUGUGUUGGAUUUAUGUGUUGUAUUUUUUACUUUUCCAGUCAUAAUUCAAUGCCCUACUUUAAGAAUUAGGAAGGAAGGAAGCAGACCUAUAAAACACAAAGAUCGAAAGGAAGAGUGUCCUCCAGAUCCCGUUCAGACGUUCAUCUUAGGAUAAGAAGCCGGAAAACUCCUCCGACAGCUUGUCCUAUUUGCAAAACAAUACAGAAGAUCCAGUCACUUUGAAAGAGAGUCCCAUAAAUCGAUCCUCCUAAAAACAAAUGAGAGUUCAAGUUCUUGAGGCGUGAUUGCAGUAACUGUCUGUUGGGGUGUUGUGUUGUUUCCAUGGGCGGAAUGAGCACAGUUUGACCAUAGUAAUAAAGUCCCUCAUUAAAAGGAUCCCUUAUUAAAACCUUCACUCAUGGCCUGUAAUACAUUCAAUCAACAGCAUUUUAUAAAUAUAAUAAAGUAAUUAUGGCUAAUUGAAUGAAAAAUCGUUUGUGUCCUUUUUCUGAAGAUGACAUUUUCCUCUCCAAAAGGGAGGAAAAUGUACUCUUUUUUUACACUCAAAUUCGGUUCUUCUCCACUGUCCUGUCUCUGUCCUUGACUCAACAUUCUCCCUGUCCGUCUGUCUGUCUGUCAGUCCUUCCUGCACCAGUAAACCGGACAAAAGAAAUGACCCGAAAUAAAACAACAAACACACACGCACACAAGCGCCUCGCUGCUUGUUGUCCUGUCCCCUCCUCCUGUCUGUCACCAGACCUCCUCACCGAGGUACCAAACAAGCUGUAUGUUGUUUACCAGGACGUCUCUGGCUGCAGGGUUACCUUGGACUCCCCUCGCGGCU